AUGCCCCGCCUUGGCUUCGGAGUCUACCAGAACUACACCACGCACGACUCCGUCCUCGAGGCAUUCAAGGCGGGCUACAGACAUGUGGACUCCGCCCAAGCAUACAGGAACGAGGCACAUGUCGGCUCGGCCUUCCGCGCAGGCGGGUUGCGACGAGAAGACCUGUUUAUCACGACGAAGUGUAUCAGCAAAACGCACGGCUACGAGAGCACCCUGAGCGCCGUCGAUAUUUCCCUGGAGCGGUUCGGCAUGGACCACAUUGACUUAUACCUUAUCCAUGAUCCGUUCAAAGGGAAGGAGCUACGGCUGCAGACAUACAGGGCAUUGUUAGAGGCGCAAAAAGCGGGCAAAAUCCGUACGGUCGGCGUAUCCAAUUUCGGUGUUAAGCACCUAGAGGAAAUCCGCAGCGCGGGCUUGCCAAUGCCUUCUGUAAACCAGAUCGAGUUGCAUCCGCUGUGUCAGCAGAAGCCCAUCGUGACGUACUGCCGCGAACACGGGAUAGUCGUCCAGGCGUACUCGCCGCUCAUCCGCGGCCAAAUGGACCACCCGGUCUUCACCAAUCUAGCGGCAAAGCAUGGCCGCGACCCAGCGCAAGUGCUGCUGCGGUGGUCCCUACAGAACGGCUUCGUGCCGCUACCGAAGUCGGCGACGCCUGCCCGCAUACAGACGAACGCGGAGCUUUACGACUUCGCGCUUGACGCCGAAGACAUGGCGCUCCUUGAUGGGCUCGACAGGGGCAAAGAGGGGGCGGUGACAUGGAACCCUGUCGACGCGGAGUAGAAGCGGUGUGGGUGCGGCGGAUCUGCAGAGACACAAGCUCAGCUGGAUGAUACCGCCGUAGUCAAAAUCAAGCAGGGGGCGGCGGGGGCAGGGCUGCUCGGGACAGGUGUUCAAAGAUUCCACCGGGCGGCGCUCUGUCCAAAUG